AUGCCGCUGGAUGUCGAGCCCGAUGAAAUCGAAGACAUCACGGUGGGCAAGAUCGUCCACUUGAUGGGAGAGCACCACGACAUAAAGCAUAACUCUUUGGGCCGUGUGAUUGACAAGGAUGGUGAGGUUCUCGUGGUGAAGUUCAGUGAGGGCACGAUCACGCUUCUGGGGAAUGACUUAGACAUGUGCAGCUACCAGAAAGGGACCUAUGUUUACCCCGGUGCUACUCUCGACCCAGACUUGCAAGUGGAGGGCAGCGACGUUGGAGAAGUGGUCGGGGUUCAUUAUCAGAAUGGCGAGGGCCUUCUGCAUGUGCGAUUUGCAGGGCGUGGUAUGGCCUGUACUCCAGACAUGCUGGUGAAGUGCGAGUUCCAAAUAGGCACUUGCGUCUACUGGACGAAGUCUGAUUCAGACAUCCCACCGAGUCACAUUGGCGUCGUCGUCGAUGAUUUGGGCAAGAAGACCAAAGUAAAGGUCCAUUUCCCAAACGGAGCCUGGCGCUUCAACGGGCCGGAACUCGUACGAGCGCCGGUGCAACCUGGCCAUUGCGUGCAUUGGAUCAAGAAGGACGACGAUGUGCCCGAAGGCACCCUGGGCAAGGUCUUGGGGCCACCCGAAAAAGGCCGCUACUGGGUCGGUUUCCCCAAAGAUGCCUGGACUUUCCGGCCAGAAUGCUUGCGCGCCCCAGAGAUUCAAGUGGGCUGCUGGGUGACCUGGGUGAAAUCCGACGAGGACAUUCCGGAAGGAAUGGUCGGCAAGGUGAUCAAGGUGAAGCCAGAGAAGGGCAGGCUCAAAGUCCGCUUCCCUACAGGCAGCUGGAGCUUCGAAGUGGAGGCGCUGCAACUCUUCCAUAUUCAGCCAGGAGACUGGGUGACAAUCAGUGAACCCGACGGGGUCUCUGGCGGCUUUGGAGAAGUGCUGCGGAUGGAUGACAAGCGCAUCGUCGAUGUGAAGUGGAUGAAGGGACCUGGCAAACAUGCCGCCGGAGAUCUCCAGAAACUCGAGAUACAGAAAUACGACCGGGUCCGACUGACCAGCAGCGCUGACAACGUGAAGGACGGGGGUAUCGGGGUUGUACUCAGCCUGUCUCAAGCCUGUGCUGACACGGAGUGGUGCACCGCAGUCGAAGUGCAGUUCCCACACAAAGACGGUCCCUCCCAAGUCGCGUGCAUGUCAUUGCCAUUGGACGGGCUAGAGAAGGGCAUGGAUCUGGAGGGCGUUGGAGAGAUGAAGGCCACCUUCAAGAAGUAUGAUCAGAAUGGUGAUGGAAGGCUCUCCGAAGGAGAAUUCUUGAGCGUACUGACCCAACUCGGUCUUGAAGAAGGGGAUUGCAAAGACCUUUUCCAAGAUUUGGACAGGGACGGUGACGGGAAGCUCUCUCCAGACGAGUUUCUGCACUACGUUUUCAGCUCCGCAGGGGAGAAGGUCUCGGUUCUCAACGAGGCCAACGAAGCCCCGACCAACAACGGUGAAGGCGAGGGCGAGAAAUGA